AUGACCUUAUCAACUAAUGAAUAUUAUGAAAUACCCAAGAAAUAUAUAAAUCCAUUAGAACCAAAGGAUAAAGGUGAAGGUUCAAGAGUUAAUGGUAAAGAUUGGAAAAUUAAAAAAGAUGCUUUUAGAGUUAGAUCAUUAGGUGUUGGUAAAAAAAAAUCAUCAUUCAAAGAAAGAGAAUUGAAAAAAUUACAAGAAAUACAAUAUAAAGAAAGAUUGAAAGAGUUAAAAGAUGAAAAAGAGGCUAUAAAGAAACAGAGAAUAGAUGACUUGAAGAGAAGAAGGGAAAUUAAAGAAGAGAAAGAAAGAUAUGAAAGAAUGGCUACAAAAAUGCAUGCAAAGAAAGUUGAAAGAUUAAGAAAGAAGGAAAAGAGAAACAAAUUGUUGAAAGAACGUUAA